UCUCGAGAAAAAACCUGGCCUUAGAGAGGAAAAAAUCAGCGGCAAAGUAGAGCGUCUGUUGUUUCUUCUCUCUUCCCCCCGCUCUCUAUCUCUCCCCUCCUUGCCCGCCCCUCUCUUGUAUCCUCAUCUACCAUGAAUCACGUUUUGCCCCAAGUCGACAAUCGGCUCCUGUACUUUACGUACUUCCCGGUCAACUACGCUCCUGAAGUUUCAGCGGUCGUGUACUUUGCUGUCUGCGGCGCCUUGGUAUUCCUCACUAUCCGGUCCCGCGCCCAGAAAUGGCUGUACAUUUUGGCCGGGACGGCGUUUGCAGAGGGCAUCGGCUACAUAUUCCGGACAGUAUGCGUUUACAAAACAAAUAUGCUGCUCUAUGUGCUAAUGACUCUGUUCCUGCUGCUACCGCCCAAUGCAAUGGCUCUUUUCAACUACAAAACACAAGCCGAGAUCAUCCGCCUGUCCAACGUCGAUACCAGGCGUUUCUGGCUCAAGCCCAAGUUUGUGACGUGGUUCUUCUUCUCCAGCGAUGUGUUCUCCAUUUUGAUGCAAGGCGCUGGUGGUGGAAUGAUGACCAGCUACGAAAUGCGUAAUACUGGAAAGAUGAUUGCACUGAUUGGCCUCAUUGUGCAGCUCUUCUUCUUUGCCAGCUUCUUCUUCAUCUCUGUCCAUGUCAUGCGCAACCCUGCGUAUACGGUACGCCAGAGCAAGAAGGAUGCCAGCCCCGAGGCGGCCAAGAAGAAGGUUAUGUGGGUCCUUCUCAGCACCACCAUUAUCCUGUACCUCCGCUCCAUUUACCGUGUCGCCGAGUUCGCUGAUGGCUAUGCUGGUGUGAUCUAUAGUUGCGAGUGGGCGUUCUACGUGUUUGACACUAUCUUUAUUUUCUUUGCGUUCCUUGUCUACGUGUACUGGUUCAUCGGCCACAACUUCACCAGGGUCGUGCCUGGGCUCAGAGACCAGGGUGGCGAUAUGGUCCAUAGAGAUAGCACUGUGGCCAACAACAGUACCACCGGUCUGACCGAUGCCCACACCCCACCAUACAGCGACAAGAAAGUAUCGGCAUCCAGCUUUUAAGAGCGCAGUUUUUUGAGCCAUACUCGAAUAAAUAUGCUAUUUGCUGAUAA